CUGGCACUGCGCUCGCUACCGCUAUCAGAUCUCUCUCACUCUACUGGAUCUAAAAAAAAACACAAUGUCGACUCGCUUCAUUUUCCUCCUCUCGCUCACCGCCCUCCUUCUCUUCUCUCAGCUCUCUCCCUCUCUCUCUAAACUCCAAAACGCUGCCGCCGAAGAUGACGAUGAGGAUCUUAGUUUCCUGGAAGAAGAAACCGACGCCGUUCCUCACGGCCACGGCCACGACCACGACCACGACCACUACCCCGAUCCAGACCAAUUCGACGAAGAAUUCGACAACGAAGAUGACCUCGACAACUACUCUGAUCUCGAUGAUUCCGAAUUGGAUUCUUACAAGGAGCCUGAGAUUGACGACAAGGACGUCGUCGUUUUGAAGGAAGGAAAUUUCAGUGAUUUUGUGACUAAGAAUAAGUUUGUGAUGGUGGAAUUCUACGCGCCAUGGUGUGGUCACUGCCAGUCGUUGGCUCCCGAGUAUGCGGCGGCUGCUACGGAGUUGAAAGCGGAAGAAGUGAUGUUGGCUAAAGUGGAUGCAACGGAAGAGAAUGAGUUGGCUCAGGAAUAUGAUAUUCAAGGCUUUCCUACUGUUUAUUUCUUUGUUGAUGGAGUACACAAGCCUUAUCCUGGCCCAAGAACCAAAGAUGGAAUUGUGACAUGGAUCAAGAAGAAAAUAGGACCCGGUAUUUACAAUAUAACAACAGUGGAGGAUGCUGAACGUUUGUUGACUUCUGAAACUAAACUUGUCUUGGGCUUCCUCAACUCUUUGGUGGGUCCUGAAAGUGAGGAACUUGCUGCUGCUUCAAGACUUGAAGAUGAGGUCAGCUUCUACCAAACUGUGAAUCCUGAUGUGGCAAAGCUUUUCCACCUUGACCCACAAGCUAAACGCCCAGCUUUAGUCAUGCUUAAGAAAGAGGCUGAGAAACUGAGUGUUUUUGAUGGUAAUUUUUCCAAGUCUGAGAUAGCUGAAUUCGUAUUUGCCAACAAACUGCCAUUGGUGACCAUUUUUACUAGGGAAAGUGCCCCUUUGAUUUUUGAGAGUACAAUUAAGAAGCAGCUUUUGCUGUUUGCAAUUUCAAAUGAUUCAGAAAAGGUUGUCCCAAUUUUUCAAGAGGCAGCCAGAUUAUUCAAGGGAAAGCUUAUCUUUGUAUACGUGGAAAUGGACAACGAAGAUGUUGGGAAACCUGUGUCAGAAUAUUUUGGUAUCAGUGGAACUGCCCCCAAAGUUCUUGCAUACACAGGAAAUGAUGAUGCUAAAAAAUUUGUACUUGAUGGGGAUGUUACCUUGGACAAGAUUAAGGCUUUUGGGGAGGAUUUCAUUGAAGACAAGCUCAAGCCUUUCUUCAAGUCGGAUCCAGUUCCUGAAUCAAAUGAUGGGGAUGUAAAGAUAGUGGUUGGGAAUAACUUCGAUGAAAUUGUUUUGGAUGAGUCAAAGGAUGUUCUUCUUGAGAUCUAUGCACCAUGGUGUGGGCAUUGCCAAUCUUUGGAGCCAACAUACAACAAACUUGCCACACAUUUGAGGGGCAUUGAGUCUAUUGUUAUAGCCAAGAUGGAUGGAACAACAAAUGAGCAUCCCAGGGCAAAGUCGGAUGGGUUUCCCACGCUCCUCUUCUUUCCUGCUGGAAACAAGAGCUUUGAUCCAAUCACUGUGGACACUGAUCGUACCGUGGUUGCAUUUUACAAGUUCAUCAAGAAACACGCAUCGAUUCCAUUCAAGCUCCAAAAGCCAGCUUCAGCAUCAAAAGCAGAAAGUUCAGAUGCCAAAGACGGCAUUGAGAGCAGCACGAGAGAUGUGAAGGAUGAAUUGUGAGGAUCUUAUGUGCUUGGCUAAUUUAUGUAUCUUUUAAGGUUAAGGCAGUAGUUUCAGCAGAAAAUAGAGCGAGUAGUGUAAGAAAUAUCCAAAGGAGAAAAUCUAUUGUGACCACCAAACCUACGACACCCCAUCCUCAGUGAAACUGACUGGGAAAAAAUUGAAUUAUGUAUUAUCGUUCUGAAUUUUGCUUCGUUUUCUGAAGGUUUUCAGGAAGAGUUUAAUAAAUCUGGGCGUCUCUUCCCUGGUUCAUGUUA